AUGUUGUGGCAAGGCAAACAGCUCCUAUCUUGGAGACAGUCCCUUAGAUCUCUGUUUCUUUCCUCUCAGCACCAGCUCCAGUCCAGCCUGAGAAGAGACAAUGGCACCUCUGUGACUGAGUUCUUCCUGGUUGGAUUCUCCCUGCCCCCACAGCUGCGCUUCAUCCUAUUCACAGUCUUUCUUAUCUACAUUGUCACACUGAUGGCCAAUGUACUCAUCUUAAUGGCUAUCUGGCUGGACAGUGCCCUGCACACUCCCAUGUACUUCUUCCUAUUCACCCUCUCACUUUCUGAGACCUGCUACACCUUUGUCAUCAUCCCCAACAUGCUGGCCACCCUGCUGUAUGGGGGGAGACCUAUCUCCUUGCCUGGCUGUGCUCUGCAGAUGUACUUCUUUGCUGCUUUUGCAGGUACCAACUGCUUCCUGCUGGCAGUGAUGGGCUAUGAUCGCUAUGUGGUCAUCUGCCACCCCCUGCACUACCCAGUGCUGAUGAACUCACGUGUCUGUGCUAGACUGGUGGCCACCUGCUUCUUGGGUAGCUUGCUGUAUUCAACUGUAGAAAUUUCUCUCAUUUCCCUGCCAUACUACAACACCAACAUAAUUGACCAUUUCUUCUGUGACAUCUCCCCGGUGCUCAAGCUGGCCUGCACUGACAGUAGCCUCCCAGAAGGAGUGUUCAUCACCGGCAUGCUGUUCCUCAUUAUGGCACUACUACUGAUCCUGACCUCCUACAUCCUCAUCCUCACUGUCAUCCUUAAGAUCUCCUCAGCAAAGGGCUGGCACAAGGCCUUCUCCACCUGUGCUGCCCACUCGACUGUGGUAAUUGUGCACUAUGGCUGUGCUGGCAUCAUCUACCUAAGGCCCAAAUCCACCCACUCACAAGAGAAGGACAAACUCAUUGCUGUGUCCUACGCGGUUUUCACCCCACUGCUCAACCCCAUGGUGUACAGCCUGAGAAACAAGGAGGUGAGAUCCGCCCUUCACAGAACAAUGGCCAGAAUAAUCUGCUUCCAGGGGUUAUAA